AUGUUGACGAUGGUGCGCAUGACCGCCAACUUGGGGCGCGUGUUCCGGCGUUCGACUCGAUGUGGCAUCUCGCUUCUGGGCCCGAAGGCAGAGCCGGGACGCGCUUGGAGCGGCGGCCCGCGUGGAGGUGGCAGUCUCCCACGUAGAUACGAACCGAACUGCACGGUAGAGCCAGACCGAGAAGAACACUUCCUGCCUGCGGAGUUUAUAGAUGCGGGAGACGAGGGAGCCGACUCGCCUAUCCAUCAAGCCGCUGGCAGGUCUUCGCGACGUCCUCGCAAGAAUGUCACUGGAGUGGAAUCCCUUGAUGACCCUGACUGCCCAUCGCGUCCCGGCACGUCGGAUGCUGACCGUAAAAAGAAGGGCGGGCACAAGAUCUUCGGGACAGCAGAUCCAGAGGAACCCAUAGGCAACUGCCACUGUUCAGGCUGCGGUGCCGUCCUGCACUGUGUUGACGCCACCGUCCCGGGGUACCUGCCCGGCGAGAAGUACAAGGCCCUGCUCCAGGAGGGAGGUCUGGAAGACGCCACCUGCCAGCGCUGUCACUUGUUUCGUCACCAUCAGAAGGCCAUGGACCUGUCUGUGUCCAAGGAGGAGUUCCGCAACAUUGUGCGGAGCAUCCGCUCCCAGAAGGGUCUGGUGCUUCUGGUGGUGGACCUCCUGGACCUACCCGAUUCGAUCAUCCCAGACCUCCUGGACUUGGUUGGCCCCGACAAACGGGUGGUGGUCGUGGGUACAAAGAUCGACGUCCUUCCUGCCGACUCGCCUGACUAUUUGCGGCGAAUCCGCCGCCAGCUGGCCGGCUACUGUCAGGAUGCCGGCUACGGAGAUCGGGUGUUGGACGUCUGCCUUGUCAGCGCCAAGACCGGCUACGGUGUGGAGGCUCUGAUCUCCGGCCUGCAGAGGAUGUGGAGGUACAAAGGCGACGUCUACCUGGUGGGCAACGUCAACGCAGGCAAGUCCACGCUCUUCAACGCGCUACUCCACUCCGAUUACUGCAAGUCCAAAGCCUCCAACCUGGUCGGUGAAGCGACCGUUUCCCCGUGGCCCGGGACCACGCUGAACCUGCUCAGGUUCCCGAUUGUCAACCCCACGGCAUACCGGAUGUCCCGACGACACCGGCGACUCGCUCAGGCGGAGGAUGUCGCGUCCUCCGGCCAAGUCGAGGGGCUGCGAGACAUCCGCCGCCACGGCUACUUAGUAGGUCACGUGGGUCGAACUUUCCUGCCCAAAGUCGGACGAGAAACCAUCACUUUUGAUCCGGACGCUUUGGCCUUUGGUGAAGAUGAUGACGGAAAGAGCCCCACAAUUGCAGAAGACCCCAGCAGCCGCCUGACCUACAACGAGGUGAAAGAUGCGCGCUGGUUUUUCGACACGCCGGGAAUCGCCAAGGAACACGACAUCUUGGACCUACUGGACGAACAGGAAGUAAAAGCCGUGGUGACUGCGCGGGCCGUGGUUCCUCGCACGUUGCCGCUCAAGGUCGGAAUGAGUCUGUUCGUGGGUGCUCUGGCCAGGAUCGACUACCUAGAGGGGGAGCGUUCCUGCUGGUUCUCGGUUAUCGCCUCCGAUCGACUCCCGCUUCAUGUCUGUGCUGUGGAAAAAGCAGACGACGUUUAUCGGAAGCACGCCGGACGGAAGCUGCUUGGGGUGCCUUCAGGGGGAGCCCAACGCAUGAUGAACUUUCCGCCACUGGUACCCCAGGAUUACCAGCUGGAGGGUCGAGGUCGCCUGGAUGCAGCGGCCGACAUCAAACUGUCAUCGGCAGGUUGGGUGGCAGUGACGGCGCGGGAGGGACAGCGCCCACUUUUGCGAGUUCACGGGCCAGCUGGGGUCACUUUUUGCCUACGGACGCCCCCGCUGCUUCCUCACCUGGCAACCUUGAAAAGGAUGCGUCGACGGGACUGA